AACGAUCUUCCAACCGUGUUGUAGUUGAUUUCGCCUCUUCCGGAAGUCUCUGGUCUCCAAGUUUCGCUCGACCUUUUGUGCGCAGAGACCCAAAAGCACCUGUUUUCCCGUGGGAGAUGUCCAUGGCGCCGCUGGGUGAUGACAUCGCUGCCGACAUCAGUGCGCUCCAUAGUUCCUCUGCGUUAGUGCGGCUGGCUGCCCUCUCCGCGCUGCGCGGCCGACCGGUUGCCGAGCUGCAACCCUUUGCAGAACAGCUGCUGCCUAUGGUGGCUGAUUCCGUCUCUGAGGUGCGGAUGCUUGCAUGUGAGCUUGUGGCCUCGCUGGAGCAGCCAGGAGGAACCCCUGCCGUACCGUUGCAGGGAAAUGCGAGGGAGGAUGUGCCUGCAGAGCCGGUGGUCCGCGAAGAUGAACAGGCAAAAGCGCUUCGGUGUGGCAAAACCUGGAAGUGCCUCUGUGUGCCGGGCUUUGGAGUUGAACCCUAUAAUGAGGAUGAGAUGGGAUUUGCUGACUACCAAAGAAAUCAGCCCGCUGCAGAGGCCUCCUCCUCUCAAAGCCCACAGGACUUUGUGUGGCCGAGGGCAGACCGAGUUGGGCGGAAGUUGCCGGCUUGGAAAGUUCCAAAGACUUCCAGCCCCAAGUCACAGGCAGAGGGACAGGAUGAAUUUGUGAGUCCCGCCUUGGAGAACUACCUGAGCUCUGAGCCUGAACUACAUUGGGUGGUUCGAGAUGCUUUGGCAUUUACGCCAAAGCCUUUGCAGGGUGAUGUCCUGAUACGGCUCUUGGCCAAUCAUGACUCGGGUGUGCGGCAGAGUGUGUUACUGGCUCUCCGACGCUUGGUGCCAAUCUACUGGUCGCGUCAUGCGGAUCGUGUCUCGGAGAUGUUGCUGGACCGAAUCCCAGAGAUUCGAAUGGCCGCUCUAAUUGCUCUUUUUCAUUUGGAUGCCAGUGAUUUGGAGCGCCAGGCCCCGAAGGUGGUUGCCUCACUUCGGGACAAACUGUGGCCGGUGCGCGAAGCUGCGUUGCAGACGUUGCGGAAGCUGCGACCACAACAGCUGUGCCGCUGGUCGCAUCAGGUCCUGCGAUGCAAGUUGGACUGGCACCUCCGAGUGCGCUGUGCUGCACAACGGGUCUUAGAGAGAUUAGAUCCGGGUGUCUUGGCAGAUCUCGCCUGCCGCGGCGCGCGUGGUGGAGUGGCCCACAAAUGGUCGUCAGGGUCCGGGGUUUCAGCAUGAAGCUCUGAAAAGAAAGGAAUUGAAACAUAGCCCUCAUGCU